AUGUCUCUUCCUACAGAUCUCAAACCUCUUUACGUGGAAUGGCUAGAGAAAGAGGUGGCUAGCGUCUCACUUAAAAGUGAUAAGCUGGCAACCGUUUAUGUGAAGGCGCUUGAGAACUUGCGAUCAUAUGAGCUUCCAAUUGUCCAUCCUAAUGGCCUUCUUGCGGUUAAAGGAAUUGGAAAUAGGAUCAAGAAUAUUUUGAAGGAUUAUUUAGCCAAGUACUGCAAGGAGACCGGCUUCAAUUUUCCUGAAGAUCCUGUUUUACAAACUGAGAACCUCGAGAGUAGGAAAAGGAUCAAAAUACGAACUCAGGGAGGUGAAUCUCCCGAAAGUGGAAGCCCUAAGAAAAAAAGAAGAUAUGUGCCUAAGCGGCGAUCAGGAGCAUAUGCCAUCUUGCUAGGGCUUCUUGAAAGUAAUCCGCCUCGAGUUGGAUCUUCCAAGAACGAGAUAGUGUCGGUAGCUCACAAAUACUGUGACCAUAGCUUCCUGCCGAAUCCAUCCACCAGGGACUUUCAUAGUGGAUGGUCGGCCAUCAAGACUCUUCUCGCUCGUGAGCUAGUUGUGGAAGAAGGUAGGCCUAAACGAUAUUUGCUAACAAAAGAAGGUGAAGAAAUGGCCCACACUUUAAAGCGCACUGAUGGCAUCAUUUUUGAGGAUGAAGAAACAUAUCAAAGGAGGUUCAGGCCAUCAGCUCUAGAAGCGCAACAACAAGACGAAUCGAACGAAGGCGAAGUAACUGCCGAUUACAGUGAGCUUAUAGAAUCCGCAAGGCUUCCGGCUUCAAAAGGUCUUAGUUUAUCACAAGACCCCCAGAAGACCCCAGAACCUUCGACACUUGCUUUCAAAACACACUCCUUGUCUGGCAACCCACUAUUGCUACCACCAGAUGACAUUCCAAACCCGAGAAGCCGGAGUCCGCUGCGAGGAACAAGCGACAACAUUAUAAGGGCUAGAUGGAAUGACAUCAGUUAUGAGCUUUGGGAUCCCGCAACAUAUGAUAUAAUUUUGAUAAUUGACCAUCGUGAAGUCAAAUCAAAAGGUGACCGUGAAUUUUUUGCAAAUCAGUUGAAAGAAAAAGGUGUUGCAGUUGAAGUACGAUCGCUUUCGCUUAGUGACAUGGUUUGGAUUGCAAAACACAAAGUCACCAAAAGAGAAUGCGUUUUGAAUUUUAUGCUUGAAAGGAAAAGGCUAGAUGAUUUCGCCAUGAGUAUAAUGGACAACAGGUUUGUUGAACAAAAAAACAGAUUAAAAAAAACAGGUUGCAAGAACAUAUACUAUUUGGUUGAGGAGACAACAAGCGAUACUGCCAUUCGAAUGGCGGAGGCUAUACGCACCGCAGUCUGGAUCACUGUGAUUUACAAUGAUUUUCAUGUCAAACGUACUAAGAACUCCGAUGAUACAGUUGCGUGGCUACUGAACAUGACGGAGGUAAUCAAAAAUUACUAUGCUCAAAUUUCCAUUCUUGUUCUAAGCCCAAGAGAACUUAAAAAUCAAGAUGACUAUCGCAAUUCCUUGGAUUUAUUUCGUAAACAGUUUGAACGUACUGGGCUGCUUGAGUGUUGUCAAAGGUUUGAUUGCUUCCAAGAAAUAAUGGAAAAGAAGUCUUUGAUGACAGUAAAGGAGUUAUACUUAAGAGCUCUGAUGGUCAACAAAGGUGUUUCCCUGGAAAAGGCUAUCUCCAUUCAGUCUAAGUUCCCUACUCUCAAGAUUUUGCUUGAAGCAUAUCGUAAAUGCAAGUCCGAAGAAUAUGCAAAAAGUUUAAUAGCAGAUGCACUGAAAAAUGAGCCCGGUACAAGAAAAGUGGGCAAGGCAUUGUCUGAAACUUUAUGGAAAACCUUUGGCCGGCUUUGA